GCCGCGGGUGUGAAGGAGGGGAGCGGCAGCGGCGGCGCCGCCCUCAGGGUGGGGGCGGCCCUGGCCCGGCGGCCGCCUUUUUCCCCCGCCGAGCCUGCUCGGGCUGGGCUGGGCUGGGCCGGCGCCGUGUGCUCCCCCCGGCCAGCCGCCAGCUGCCGCGGCGGGAUGAGGAUUAAGGCUGCCGGGCCCACGGGCCGCGGGGCUUUGCGAGGUGGCCGGGCGUGAGGUGAGGAGAGGUUUGUGUACCUGGGAAAUCUGACGCGGUUCUCCUCAAACCAAACAGAACUCGAAGGUUGCCAUGUUCAUGUUGCUUAUGUUUGGAUUGCUACUGCAAGAAAUCCUGGCUAAUUCCCAAGGUGAAAAUCUUACUGAAUUCAAAAACAUUCCAGAAGAACCAUUAUAUAGCUACAAAACUAUUAACUUGCCAGAUGAGCAUAUUCCAUACUUUCUGCACAACAAUCAACACAUUGCUGGCAUCUGUAAGCAGGACUCUCAUUGCCCAUACAAAAAAUACUUGAAGAAACUAAAAUCCUGCUGGGGUUAUGAGAAAUCUUGCAAAUCAGAUUACAGGUUCAGUUACCCGGUGUGUGAUUAUGUUGAAACUGGAUGGGCAAAUGACAUUGAGACAGCCCAACAGAUAUUCUGGAAACAAGCUGACUUUGGUUACAUACGAGAGAGGCUGAAUGAAAUGAAAACCCAUUGUAAGCCUGCAGUAACAGGAGAUUCAUCUCUGACCUGUUCUCAAUACCUUCAGCAUUGCAGGGCGACAAACUUAUACAUUGAUUUAAGAACUGUAAAGAGAAACCACGACAGAUUCAAAGAAGACUUCUUCCAGAAGGGAGAAAUUGGAGGUCAUUGUACCCUUGACGUUCAAGCAUUUUUGGCUGAAGGUCAACGCAAGAGCCCUCUGCAGUCUUGGUUUGCAGAACUCCAGACAUUUACUGCAUUAAACUUCAGGCCCCUAGAUGAUGACAAGUGUGAUGUUGUUAUCGAAAAGCCAACAUACUUCAUGAAAUUAGAUGCAGGUGUUAAUAUGUACCAUCACUUCUGUGACUUCGUCAAUCUUUAUAUCACACAGCAUAUCAAUAAUUCCUUCAGUACUGAUGUCAACAUAGUCAUGUGGGACACUAGCUCGUAUGGCUACGGUGACCUGUUCAGUGAGACGUGGAAGGCAUUUACUGACCAUGAAAUAAUACACUUGAAGACCUUUGACUCUAAAAGGGUAUGCUUUAAAGAAGCAGUCUUCUCAUUACUGCCUCGGAUGCGAUAUGGCUUGUUUUAUAACACACCAUUGAUUUCUGGCUGUCAUGGAACAGGCCUAUUUAGAGCAUUUUCUCAGCAUGUGUUACACAGAUUAAAUAUAACGCAAGAAGGACCCAAGGAUGGGAAAAUUCGAGUCACAAUACUUGCACGCAGUACCGAUUACCGGAAAAUAUUAAACCAGAAUGAGCUUGUGAAUGCUUUGAAAACAGUAUCAACGUUGGAGGUCAAAGUGGUAGACUACAAAUACAAGGAACUUGAAUUUUCAGAGCAAUUGAGAAUCACGCAUAACUCUGAUAUAUUCAUUGGGAUGCACGGAGCUGGACUUACCCAUUUGCUCUUUCUACCAGAUUGGGCUGUUGUUUUCGAGCUAUACAACUGUGAAGAUGAACGUUGUUACCUGGAUCUGGCAAGGCUGAGAGGCAUUCAUUACAUCACUUGGCGAAAAAGAAAUAAAGUAUUCCCUCAAGAUCAGGGGCACCACCCAACACUGGGAGAACAUCCAAAAUUUACAAACUACUCUUUUGAUGUGGAAGAAUUUAUGUACUUGGUGCUUCUGGCUGCAAAUCAUGUUUCACAACAUUCCAAGUGGCCAUUUAGGGUAAAGCAUGAUGAAUUCUAAAUUAGACUGAAAUACUAUAUUUUAAAUAAUGCUCCAUAAAAUAUUGUAACAACAUAAAGCAAAAUGCUGGUGUGAAAAAAGUAAACCUCUACGAGGGAAGUAACUCAUUAAUUAGUCAGACCACUUCAGGGCACCCUACCUUACCUUUGUCACCAAUCUCUUUAAUUCUGUGGGUUUUCCAAAUAUAGAAGCAAUCAGAAUAUUUUUGUUUUUUUCCCCCCACUAUAGUUUUACAUUCCAGAUUGUGAAAUACUUGUUGUCUUUACACAAAGAUAUGUCCAUCCAUUUCAUUUAAGAUUUUCUGGGAGGAGGUUAGAUACUAAGUUUGUUAAAAAUGUAUGCCUACUAAUAGGUAAGGAAAUGCUAGCGGAUGAAAAGUGUUACAGAUUGGUUUCUCAGUGUAGCCUCUGUGGGAAUGAAAUAGGCCUGUCAGAGUUCCUCUUCUAAAGAAGCUGGAUGCUUUUAUGUAAUCCUGUAUCUGUAAGUAAAAAUCUGAAUAGGAAUCCUCAUGUCACUGUGAGGCACUGCCCAGUAUGUCACUUAGAGUCAAGUUACAUGACACAGUAGUUCUGAGAUGUUUGGUUAGUUCCUCUCUGUCACUGUUUGUCAUUGCUGUGCUUGGCCAUUUAUUGUUUGUAGGUUAGAAGAGCUUCCUUUGAAAAAUAGUGGUUGUAGGAAUUAAGCAGUUAAGGAAACUUUAAUUUUUGUCAUUUAAUACAACAGAAACUGCAGACUUCUAUUUCAAGUUUAGAAACAUUUUCAAGGUAGAAAGCAGUGUUUCUGAUGUUCUUGCAUUUGAAUAUAAGCUUCGACUCUUCUCCCUCGUGUAUUAAAUGCUAAAAUAGAGCAGAUCUGCUCUGUAGGUUUAGUCAAUCUUCAUCAAAGCAAAUAAAUCUUUUGCUAAGUGAAUGCUUACAAACUUCAGGUAAUCUGGAUAUUUCCUACCUUUCACAUAAAACAGCACUUCUGCAAUGGAAAACCCAAGCAAAUUAGAAUAAAACUUCAUCCAUUUUGAGGAUGCUAAUGGGAAUGUUUUUUUUUUUAUGACAAAUGAUAAGACGCACAGGGUGUAUUUCAGCUGCAGCUGGAAGGAAAUGAAAUCAUGAGGAACUUUGUUUUUGGAAUUGCUAAAAUCUGGAUCUAUUAAUAUUUUUCUUUUAAAAAAAAAAAAAGUUGAAGAGACAGUCCAGAAAACUUUGGAAAAUCCUUCCCCAGUCAGUAACAUAGUUCACUGUUUUCACUGAAGGAAAUAUUAAGCCAAAGUUGAGUUCCUUAUAAAAUUCCCUCAGUAGUACCAACAUGUCAGCUCUGGGGGAAUGCAGGUGGGGAGAUGAAAAAGUAGUUCUGUUUUUUUUAAGUGGGGCCAGAAGGAUGUGUGGAAGAAUAUUUUCAGUGCGAUUUUAAAAAAAUUAAAUAAAGAUUCCGUUACAGUAUGGAUUUUCUUUGGGACUGUAUUCCCAUGGUAGACUUGCAGUAUAAUCACGCAGUCUCAGUGGCUUGAAGCAAGGCAUACAUUUGUAUGCAAAAGCAAGACAGUUACAGUAAAUGUAAACACUCCACUGGUAUAAUUGUAGAUAUUAUUGACCGCCGUACCCUAACAGUCAUAGGCAAUUUCACAGAGUGUAGGUACAUUUACUGACCUGCCUAUACUGGUAAAAAUGAGUUACGGUAAGCAUAAUUUUCCUAUAGAUCUCUCAUGACCUUAAGCAGUGCAUAGGAAAAGCUAGACGCAGCUGAUACCCAAGGGAUAUUGAGGUGUUUGGUGCAAUUUUUAGUGUAUUGUGUUACUGAUGGAUAAAACUCGUUUACGUUAAAGAACCUUGGAAGCAAAAUUGCACUUCUUGAUAUGGGGGGGGGGGGGGGAAGCCUUUUUUGAGAAAUACAAUUCCCUGUAUUUGUGUAUUUUUAAUCUUUUUAGGGUUUUUAAAGAAAUAAAUGUAUAAAAAGUCAGUAAAAUGUCUGAGGAGAGAAAAAAAUGCAAUAAUUCAAAAUAAAGACAUUUUAAGUAAGAAUUGUGCACAGAUGUAUUUGGUAACUUUUCUAAUAAAAGCUUUUUAUUAAAAAAGUAAAAACUUUUGGUCUUAGUUUGUCAGAUUUUGGAGGCAAGUAUUUUUAGAUGCUGUUAGUUGCAUAGAGUCAUGUCUCUGUCUCUUCCUGCCACGACAACCUGACGUUCUGAGGUCAUCAGCAUAUUGUGCUGAUGGCUUUGUUGCCAGGGGGUUUUACAAUUGUUUUGUGGAAUGCAUUUGUGUAUGCUUAACUUCCUGUGCUGCAGAUGAUGCUCUUGAAGCCAGUGUGAGAGUACAAAUGUGUUUGCAUCUUUACAGAAGCAGCUAAUGAGGAGCUUCGCUUUCAUGCUAUGCUAGGACUCACUAAAGCAAGUGGCCAACCAUAUGCCUGAAUGUGUGCAGGAGAGGCUGUGGGGACUUAAUUCAAGGUCAAAAUAUCCUGGUAAUGUUCACCUGUUUCAGCAAAUUUGAGCGUAAUGUCAACAGUCAGUGGCCAAUGUAUUCUUUAGCCUUUAUGGCUUAGUAUUACUGGGAUGAAAAUACUAUUUUUGCUGACUAGCUUUACGAACAGUCACAAAAUUAUCUUGGCAGUAGGAAGCUUUUAUUGGAUUGAUGGGGUUUUGCUGAUAAAUCCUGAGAAAACUUGGACAGCAGCAGAUGUGGCAUGGGUGACUUUCUUAAAGAGGUUUUGGGCCAUCUCGCUCUGCCAGCAAAUUGGAAUUGGAGGGAAUCUGGGAGACUUUGCGCCACUUGUUCUUUAGGCAAGGUAUAGCUUUGGAUUAUAUUUUUCUAAUAGACUGUAGGAGUUUUGUUCCUUGCUGCUUUUGAUUUUUUGUCUGUAGUUCACUGAUGUAUAGAGUCUCUUUUUAACUGGCACGUUGGCACCAGCAUGAUGAGUUUAGCUUUGGCACUUAAUGAAUGCUGCCAAUCCUGAAUACUACCAGGAUUGCCUGUGUUUCAUGUACAGUGUAAACUGAGAGCUGGUUUUGAAAUAAAAAUUAACUUAUGGAUGCA